GGGCGGCGGGCGGGGCCGGCCGGCCGCGGGGAGACGGCUUUGUGCUCCCAUUGGCUUGUCUCCGCCAAGGGACGCCUGUGGUUGGCUGCGGCAGCUGCCGCUCACAGCGCGCUGGCGGUGGCGGGCGGCGGCGGCGGCGGGCGGGGAGGUGCCGGGGCGGGUGGCGCUGGCCGGAGGUCACUCGGCGCGGUGCGCAGCAUGGCCGCGGCUGUGGUGCUCGGGGGACCUGCGGGCUGGUGGCGCUGGCACAGGCGGGUCGCGGCGAUGGUGUGUUCUAGGGCAAUGGCUUCCAAAACCCCAGUUGGAUUCAUUGGACUGGGUAACAUGGGAAAUCCAAUGGCAAAAAACCUGUUAAAACAUGGAUAUCCAGUUAUUGCAUAUGAUGUGUUCCCAGAAGCUUGCAAAGAAUUUCAAGACUUGGGUGCUCAGGUAACAGAUUCCCCGGCAGAUGUAGCAGAAAGAGCAGACAGAAUUAUUACCAUGCUGCCUUCAAGUCCCAAUGCAAAAGAAGUUUACACAGGAGCAAAUGGAAUUCUAAAGAAAGUGAAGAAAGGCUCAUUGCUAAUAGAUUCCAGCACUAUAGACCCUGCAGUUUCAAAAGAAUUAGCCAAAGCAGUUGAAAAAAUGGGAGCCGUUUUCAUGGAUGCCCCAGUUUCUGGAGGUGUUGGAGCUGCUCGAGCUGGAAACCUUACCUUCAUGGUUGGUGGAGUGGAACAAGAAUUUGAUGCUGCCAAAGAGUUGCUGACAUGCAUGGGUUCUAACGUGGUCUACUGUGGAGCGGUUGGAACUGGACAGGCUGCAAAGAUCUGCAACAACAUGCUUUUGGCCAUCAGUAUGAUUGGAACUGCUGAAGCAAUGAAUCUUGGAAUCAGAUUAGGCCUUGACCCAAAGCUGCUGGCCAAAAUCCUAAAUAUGAGCUCAGGUCGCUGCUGGUCAAGCGACACAUACAACCCUGUUCCUGGAGUGAUGGAAGGAGUACCAUCUGCUAAUAAUUAUCAAGGUGGCUUUGGAACAACACUCAUGGCUAAGGAUCUUGGCUUGGCCCAGAUUUCUGCCACCAACACAAUGACACCGGUUCCUUUGGGAUCCCAGGCACAUCAGAUCUACAGGAUGAUGUGUGCAAAAGGCUAUGCCCUGAAAGACUUCUCGGCUGUGUUCCAGUUUUUACGUGAAGAGGAAACCUUGUGAGCUGUCCUUUGGAAAUGGACAUGAUAACAAACCACAUUUUUUUUUAUCCUUAUGGCUCAUUUGAGAAGUAUGUGGGUUUAAUCAGAUACUGUGCAUCCUGAUCCUAUACAGACUAAUCAUCUUUGGUUGACUAGAUCACAACGAACUCCAGGGUUUUUUCAUAAUUCUUGAAAAAGCGAGCCAGAGGAAGGGAUUGUUUGGCAAUGAGCCAGACAGUGAUUUCUAUUUUUUUGUUUGUUUGUUUUGUUUUGUAUAAAACCAUCAAAGUUUGGUUUUUUUUUUUCCACUAGAUGCAAUAAAUAAAUACUUUUUUUAUUAAACACUUAAAUAUUUGCAUACAAAAUAACUUACAUUAUGGCUAUAAACUUAGGUGAAUCUUGAAUAGUAAAAGAAUGUUAUAUAGUGAUUUUAUGACAUAUAGCGAUCUAUUAAAAUUAAAGAUUAAUACUUUAUGGAAAAAGGGAAGAUUUGUUUAAUGAAGAAACACAGCUUGAGAUGAAUUUUUGGAUUUUUUUUUUUUUGUUUUCCUUGGACCUACUAAGCCUUGAAUUGAUCAGUAGUGAAUUUUUCCUGGGAUUCAGGUUGCAGAUUAAGUUUAUAGGCAUGCGUUUCUAAGUGGAGAGCUGUUACAGCAUGUUUACCUGUCAGACUUAGUUAAAAUAAAAUAGAAUAUGUGUCCCUCUUGUAAAGCCCCAUUACUGUAUUUUGCUAACCCAAUUUUAUAUUUUCUUGUUUUCUGUCACACAUUUUCAGAACUCCAGAGCAGCACUUACCAGAAGUUCUGACAAAGUGUACAUUUGUUUUGGGUAAUUAUUGAAGUAUUUUAAAUCUAAACAAACCCCAUUAUUUUGAAAAGAAAUAAAAAUCUAUACUAGUAAAUGGUCACUGUAUGAUUAUUUGCUUUUUGUUUUGAUGUGCUCCUGUACUCCCACAGUUAACCAAAACCUUGUACUAAGUGGUCUCAUUUUUUAAUUUGCUUGGUUUUCUACAGAUUAUCUUGCAAAAUCAAGCUUUUCAAGAGCUCUUGCUGUGAAAUACAGAUGGCAAUAUAUUUGCAUAUAUGUUAACUUAACCAUUCACCAUCUCUUUGGUCUUGCAAAAGUACAGGUACACACUUGGCUUCAUAAAUAUCAAUACUCAUGUUGAUUUCACUAGAACUACUUACAUCCAAACUUACUUGCAGGCUCUAGGCUUAACAGACAAUUACGCAUUUACAUUCCUGUUUUGGUUGUAUGACGAAUCCUUUUAUAUAUGCACAUUCGGGAAACAAAAUUGUGUGCUUGAAUUAGCUUAAGUCUGUGAAUAAUCUUCUGAAAAUUUGGACAUUAUAUUUUAACACCUUAGUAACGUUAUACAGAAGUCAUUAAAUAGUACUGCUUGACGUGUUCUCCUUUUAGUUUUCUUUGUAAACUGUUUGAUAUUCUAGGUUAUUCAGGGAUUUGGGGUUCAUGAAUAUUAUAUAUGAGUGUAGGACUACUGGGAGCAAUCUUACUUUUAAAAAUUGUUUGUCUCUCUUUUGAUAAAAACUACUGACUCCUGCCUCACAUAAUACAAAAGAUGGAUCUAGUCUCAUAAUGAAUUUGGGGUCAGGUAAUAAAGGAUGUUUUUGCCAGUAAGAUCCCUGUUCAUUUAGAAGUUUUAUAGUAAUGGAUGAGGUAAGGAAUUGUAGGAGAGUCCUGGUUAAAUUUGUCUCUUCUGUGUCUGACCUGGAGACGUGGUUGGCAUCAGCAGGGCUGCUGAGAGAUGCUUCCUUUACCCCAGCCUGUAGCAGUGUUUGCUAUGAAUGCGUUUGCUGGUAACACUGGGAUUACCCGUAACCCUGGGCUUGCAGGAAGCAUAAUAAUUUGUUUUCUUUAUGCGUUAUGUGCACACAUAAAUGUUGGGAUCCAUGAGGAAAGAAAUACGCAUAGUGAGACCUUCUGAAGUCUCUUGAAGCUUUUAGCUUCUGAAAUCAUAAAGUCUCUGUUACAAAUGUGGAAACUUCAUUGUUAUUUUUAUGUUUCUCACAAAGACUUGUAGCUUAGGCUUCCUGGGAUUCAUUUCUCUUCCCCCACAACCUCUGAUCAAAUUUUAAAUUCCUACUCCAAAGCAUAGGGUGCUGAAGUUGGAGGAAAGGCUGCCAGAAUGCUAUUUUGGCAAACCAACAGAAUGUUUUGUGGUCUCGUUCUUGGAGGAGGAUUUUGGCUGAAAUUAAAAACAAAACAACAACAAAAACCCAAACCCCCAGCUUGAGGGCGGACAGCCAGCAUGUAAAGUUUUAGAACAAGCACUCAGUUUGGCAAAGUUAGAAACAACUUUUUAACUAGGUCUUAUUAUGGAAAGUGCCUUGAAACUUUUAAGGAUGUCCAAUACCUGAAGCCAGUCAUACAAUUUAUAUUAGAAUACACAUUUCUUUUCCUAAUUCUGCAGGGGAAUAUUGCGUGACUGGAUACUUAUAAUGGUGGUGGUAUUCAUGCUAGCAAUGGCUAUUCUGCAUGUGCAUAUAAAUAUAAUGUAUCUUUUGCUUGGAGUAUAUUUCUGGUCUAUGGAAAUUAAACAAGUACUAAACCUAUUGUCACUGCCAGAAACAGAUGUUGAAAACUGUAAUUUGUUGAGUUGAACAGAAAGAUUGUAAAAUUGGUUGAAUUUCUACACUAAUUACCUCCCAGUACAUGCACACAAAUUAGGUGCAACAAAUUAACUGCAUAUUUUGUAAAUGUCCCAAAGGGAAACUUGAGGUAACUUCUUUUUAAAUUAGUUUGAAUGUUAAACUAGCCCUCCCAUCAUGUUUACUUUGGAAACUCACCUAUAUCAAAUGCAUUUAUUGACUAACGGGAAAACAUUGACAACCAAUAAAAGUAGUGAUGGUUUAAAAAAAA